CCUCCUCCGGCAUAAUGGGCCACCCUCCCAACACCAUGUUGACGUUACUAUACACACAUAACUGUAAAGAACCCACCUUUAAUCGCUUUACCACUUUUUCUUCCCCUUCUUUUUUCACUCUCCAAAUUCUCUUCUAACCAAAAUAAUCAUUGCAUCCAUUCCAUUAAUGGAGAACUCAUCUUCCGGCGACGAAUCCGACCACCCCCGCUUUGAAGAUUACACUGUCAGUGCUGACGUCAGCGAAUCCGAGAGUUGUGGGGCCUCGUCUUUUGACUCCCCGGUCGCUUCCACUUCUCGCAGCACCCCGCCGUUGGUGGGGCCUUCCAACUUCCCGGUUUUUUCUCCGAUCAAGCCGCCGGUCGCCGGAGGAAAGUAUGGCGGGAAGGUGGAGAAUGAAAAUGUAACUGAGGUUCAGUUGAUGAAAGAUAGGUUUUCUAAGCUGUUGCUUGGAGAAGAUAUGACUGGAAGAGGGAAUGGAGUUUGUACUGCUCUUGCUAUCUCUAAUGCUAUUACACAUCUCUCUGCUACUGUGUUUGGUGACCUAUGGAAACUGGAGCCCUUGAGUCAACAAACCAAGUCAAUGUGGAGAAAAGAAAUGGAAUGGCUUCUAUCUGUAAGUGAUUCCAUCGUCGAACUCACUCCAUCAUUUCAAGAAUUCCCAGACGGUGGGACCUUCGAGGUCAUGGUGACCAGACCGCGGUCCGAUUUAUACCUAAACCUCCCUGCUCUCAGAAAGCUAGACAUGAUGCUAGUAACCAUGCUUGACGGGUUCCACGAUUCAGAGUUCUGUUAUGUUGAUCGCGGGUCAGUUGGACAUUCAAACGGGUCACAAUCCGAUAGCUUGUUGGUUCAGUAUGAAGAGAAAUGGUGGCUGCCGUUCCCAAAGGUUCCGCCUAACGGAUUGUCGGAAAAUACAGUUAGGAGAUUGCAACAAUGCAGGGAGUGUAGUAAUCAAAUAUUUAAAGCCGCUUCGUCGAUUAAUAGCAACGUGUUGUCGCAAAUGGAAGUUCCUGACGUUUAUUUAGAGACCUUGCCCAAGAGCGCGAAAGUUUGUUUAGGCGAUACACUCCAUCGUUAUAUAACUACGGCGCAGUUUUCACCCGAAUCUCUUUUGGAUUACUUGGAGAUGUCAUCAGAAUGCACCACACUUCAAAUAGCAAACAGGAUUGAAGCAGCCAUGCAUAUAUGGUCAAGAAAAUGCACAAAGAGUCAUGGAACCGGAAAGCUACCGUGGAAGGGAAAUGUUAAGGGGCUUGGUGGCGAAAAAGAAAAGAGUAAACUUCUUUCGGGAAGGGCGAAUACCCUUUUGAAGAACUUAAAACUCCAGUUCCCUGGCCUUCCAAGAACUAGAUUGGAUCUUGACAAGAUUCAAUCAAAUAAGGACGUAGGACAAGCUAUACUCGAAAGUUACUCAAGGGUGAUUGAAAGUUUGGCUUUCAAUCUAAUGGCGAGGAUUGAUGAUCUUCUUUAUGUCAACGAUGCCACCAAGAAACGGGCCAUGGCGACAGCUGGCACUUCCGCUAGUGUCCGACAUCCUAGGCCAACUGUGCGCGGCAGUUCAUGGUCUUCCAUGGUGGAACCACCAGCUUUUAGUCCUUCACCUUUGACGAUUAGAGAGCGAGCUAAGAGACGGUUUUCAUACAGUUCACCACCGAGCAAUAACGAUACGAUGGAAGAGGCUUUAGAAAGAUUAACAUUUAACUAGUUAUGUAGAGUAUAAUGUACUUGCAGAAUUUUGCUUCUUUCAACUAUGGUAAGUUGGUAGCAUAAUGUAACAUGUUCAUGGUAGGUGCAUUGUGUGAAACAGGAUGUAAUAAUGUAUUAAUAAUAAAAAUUAGGAAGGUAAACAUGAGUCAUAGUUCAUCAAUGUAAAUUGCUUGGAUCAUGCCAUCUUUUUAAUCAUAUCAUGUUUAAGGGUUAGGUUAA